AUGACAACUGAAAAAACAUCUGAAACUUCGUCCACCUCCAAGAGCGAUGCCGAAGUAUUCCAACUUGAAGCACUUUCCUUAAAUUACCUACGAAGCCAAAAUAUUUUAGCAAUUCUGGAUGAUAACCAGUUACCAAAACUUUACCCGUGCAAGCUCUGCAAUAAAUCUAUAUUUGGAUUCCGAUUCGAAGCUUUUACAGUAUUGUAUUGUGGGCAUCUGCUUUAUCGAAUCUGCCUUGAAACCCAUAUUAUGCGAGGCGGGGUACGAGAACCUUCAUAUCCAACCUGUAAUUGGGGUAUCGAAAUUAAUAGAGAGGAGCUUUCUCUAGCUUUAGGUGUGUAUCGUAUAGAGUCUAAAGAUAAUGAUAAAGGACAGGCUUUCCAACAAUCGAAUGACUCGGAUACAGCUGAGAAAACAAAACCAGUUAAUACGAAGGAUCAUGGGACAAGCCUGAUUGCUAGCGAGGUGCAGAUCAAUUCAACCGAUCAAGAUAAUGCAAAUGAAAUCGCAGAUUCGUCCUCACUAUCAUUCAAACGUUCCUAUCAACUAUUAUUUGGAAAUUCACAGUCUACUAAAAAAGUUAAAAAGAGUAAUGAAAAGAAGGAUGGGUCAAAGACUCAAAAUGAGGUUUCUUUGAAUGUAGCAAAGAAGCUUAUAGAGGAGUUAUCUACCGAAACAUCCCAAAUAUCAGAAGUUGUGGAAGAGAGUACUGGUAAUUUUCAACACUUAUAUGUUGCAAUCAAUAAAGCUGAAGAACAAAGCAGGUAUUUAAAUCAACUCGUGAUUAAGUUGUACUACAAUCUUGGUAAAGUACUCAAGGAUAG